AUGUCUGAUGAAAAAGAUUCUCUGAGGGGAAGCGAAGGAAAAAGACAGGAGCCAGUCCUGACCAUCACUGGCAGUAAGUACCCUCAGAAGCGUCUGGAUGAGGAACCGAUGAAGGUGGAGGUGACGGUGGGGGUGGAUAGCUGCUCUGAAGACCUCAGCUUUGGGGAGGUACGCAUAGAUCCAUUCCUCCUAGGGCAUGUGGCUGAUGAAGAGAAAUGUAGAAAUAUCCGCAGGCAGUACCGGCAGCUCAUAUAUAACGUUCAACAGCAACGUGAUGACAUAGUAAACACAGCGAACGAGACAUUGACAGAGGCGCUGGAAGAAGCAAACGUCCUCUUUGAUGGAGUAAGCCGAACAAGAGAAGCAGUUCUCGAUGCCCAGUUUCUCGUUUUGGCUUCUGAUUUGGGUAAAGAAAAAGCAAAGCAGUUAAACUCUGAUAUGAGCUUUUUUAAUCAAGUAACAUUUUGUGACUUUCUGUUUACAUUUGUGGGUCUCAAUAGGCUGGAAAAGGGAUAUGAAGCGUUAGGCGACCGUGAUAAUAGCGUAGCUCGUUCCUUCUGGGAGACAAUACAAAAGGAAGCAAUGUCCUGGACAUUGCGAGCUGAAAAUUUCCACUUCAUUUUUGGGUCAGUCAAGUCAGAGCCUUCUGCACCAAAGCCACGACAACGGCAGAGAGUUCGCAAAAUGGAAGAAAAUGGAGAUAUGCCUACAAAGUUGAGGAAGAUGGACCUGAGUAGUAACCAAGAGGCGACAGAAAAAGCGGUAGAAAGAAUCUUGGGAUUGUUGCAGACCUACUUUAAAAAGUAUCCUGAUACUCCUGUGUCAUAUUUUGAGUUUGUGGUUGAUCCAAACUCCUUCUCUCGCACUGUGGAGAAUAUAUUUUAUGUUUCUUUCAUCAUAAGGGAUGGUUUUGCAAGGAUAAGCCUUGACCAAGACAGGUUGCCAAUAUUAGAGCCAAUUAAUACUAACCAAAUGGAUGAGGAGAAUGAUCCCAGUUUCCACGGCAGGAAACAAGGAGUUAUAUCUUUGAGUUUACAGGACUGGAAAAAUAUUGUGGCAACUUUUGAAAUUUCAGAGGCUAUGAUCACAAACUCGUAA